GUGCUUGCCGCCGCUCUAACUUUGUUGCAAGAAGCAAUAGAGAGGGCACGAUCCAGUGGACCAUGAACACUGAAUGUGGUCAUGUGGUCACUAAUCCCAUCUAUGGUGAUACUAGUCCUCCAGAUCAGAUGAGACAGCAGGAGGAGGGACAUAACAUCAUGGAAUGGAGAACAAUGCCUAAUGAGAAUAUAUGGCUAAAUCAUCGUCUAUUUGCAAAAAAAUAAAAAUAUGAUAGAUUAUUAAACAGAAUCUGGAGAAUAUGCUGAAUCCUCUAUCCGAAAAUAGUUUUCCAACUUGGUACCAAAAGUCUAUAACAUUUCCCCAAGUGUGGUUCACUUGUUUCCAUAGAAACCAUCAACAGGCACACACUUUUUCAGUCUUGAGAUGAGAAAAUAACUAGCAAGCUAACUAGCUAGCAAGCUUGUUAAUAAUAGUAAACAUUUUUCAUUUGGAUUCUUGGACUGAAUAACGAUUUUGUUACAUAUUUCAAGGAAUUUUACGUAACCUAUUUCGAUGACAACUACAGUUAUUGGAAAAGUGAGCCAUCACAGCAUUGAGUUGUGCUGGGAGACAGAGGAGAAUGAACCGAGGAGUGGUCCACCUGAGAGAUGGACCAGCUUCUCUGUGGAAGAGAUGGACCUCAAAUCACACACAUACGGGACCAUCUACGUUGGGUACAGCAACCAACACACUGUGCAAGGCCUGGACCCCAGCACUGCUUACAGAUUCCGACUCAGGUUCACCAGGCCAACAGGAGAGUCCCUCUACAGCCCAUGUGUCUCUGUCUCGACCACGCGUGAGCCAGUGAGUGGGAUGAGCUUGCACCGUGCUGUCAACAUGAACGAUGAGGAGGAAAUGACCAGAGUGUUGCAGUCUGGGUCAGUCGUCGUAAAUGUCCAUGACAAACUAGGCUUCACUCCUCUCAUGGUGGCUGCGCAGAAAGGCUUUGCCAGAAUUGUCCACCAACUGGUGGAGCACGGUGCAGAUGUGAAUAUGAAGAACGGCAGUGGGAGAGACAGCCUGAUGCUGGCCUGUUUUUCUGGUCACCUGGACAUAGUGAAGUACCUGAGGAAGUUCGGAGCGUCGUGGAAGUCCCAGGAUAUGGGGGGAUGCACCCCCCUCCACUGGGCUGCAGACGGGGGACACCUGGCCGUCAUCGCCUACAUGAUCCAGGACAAAUGCGAGCUGGACAUCCGGGACGGCGUGUCCCAGUGGACUCCUCUGAUGAGGGUGUCGGCCGUGAGCGGGAACCCCUCGGUGGCCUCCCUCCUCAUCAGAGCCGGGGCGGACGUCAACGCCAGGGAUAAGGAUGGGAAGACGCCGCUCAUGGUUGCAGUGUUGAACAACCACGAGGAGCUGGUGCAGCUGCUGUUAGACAGCGGAGCAGAUCACGAUGUGAAGAAUGAGUUUGGGUCGGGGGCAGCUGAAAUGGCGAAGGCCUUUGGAAGAGAGAAUAUCAUCAAUCUACUGGAACGAAAGAAGAGUACAGACCAUGAAUUAGAGUAAGAAUGAAUAAGAAUUAAAUACAAAAAUACUUAUAAUAUGACUACUUUGAAAAGAUAACUUACAUUUUUAGCAAUUCAACUUGAAUUAAUAUUUGUCACACAUGAAAACGAUUGUUUGUAGUCACCUAUUCUAACUGACUGCUUAACUGUUGUUGCUCGAAUUUUAAGUAAAAGAAAGAAGUGUAAGAAAGUGUUUCCA